GAACGAUUUGUUGGUGCUGCUAGUCCGAUCGUCGCCGUGUGCCUUGCUGGCGAGGGGAAGAAAACUGAGAAAACAGCACAGAGCCAUUUGCCAAACAACGUACUGUGCGUUUUGAGGACGCCGAAAAUAAAUCGCUGAUAAAGUGCCAGUGCGCCACAUCAAGGACUCGCGCGGUGCUCGACGCGGAGUUUGCCGCAAGUGCAAAACAUCGAACCGUCGCCUACUUUUCCUCAGUGUCCUUGAUUAACGUAUAGUUUUGCACCAUGGCUCUGUACGUUGCCAAUUGUUGUGGUUGUGUGUUUUGUUAGUGUAGUGUGCGGUACCUUGUUUUCUUCUCGUCAGCAUGGCAGCAGUGCGGAAGAAACGGAGCACUAGCUCGCAAGCGCAUCGGAACAUGAAGCCUCCAUCCGCUGCUAGUAAACCGGGCAGAGCAGUAUCCAUCUGCUUACGGACAUCCGAGUCAGUAGACUUGUUUAAACGAGCCGCGCCGGCCGCAACAGUCGCGACAGCGCUGGGAAGGCUACAUCCGGUCACGCUGGAGCUGAACCAACGGCAGCAUCAACACCUCCAUCAUCGCCAUUUCCACCAACGGAAAAGACCUGACGGGUUGGCGACAAUAGCACUCUAGCGGCGAGAAGAAACGGGAAAUCGUAGGGACAUCCACGGAUCCAAUCCAAGUCUUUAGAUCUAGACGCUGUGGUGCGCCGAAGAAAUCGAAACGUGCUCGUUAGUGACGCAAAGUGUGAACGACCGCCUCAAAGAAUAGCAAAGAAAAAAUAUAAUAAAAGGACUUUGUUAGCGCCACAAACACACGCAACGUGGGUGCCGGUGCGCGCGUUGGUCCUCGCAAGAGUACGAACAAACAAGUCCACUUAGCGAAGUAGUGCAAACCACCGAUCAGAGGUCACCAUCAGUAAUCAUCGUGCGCAUCAUUUUGCACACGAUCACGAGCAAGGCGUGUGUGCGCUUCCUUCCUCGUAGCGGGGCGAGAGAUAAAGUGUGUCACAGGAAAAUUGCGCUUCGCCAUCCCUCUUUUGCGCCCGACCUUGCUUGCACCUUGUGUCCGUAAGUGAGCUCGUGUGGUACCGUACCAAACAAAUCGGCCAUCGACGAGCGGCGUAACAAACACGCCAAAGGCAUCCCAGAACACUUCUCCUACGUUAGCCCGAUGGAUGCGGAAGGACUGCUGGAUCCGGCCGCAGCUGCUGCUGCUGCCGCCACUGGCAACAAUUCUGCAACCACCCCUGCUGUGUGGGUUUUUGGCUACGGAUCGCUUUGCUGGUAUCCUGGAUUCGACUACUCUGACUGCAUUACGGGCUACAUCCGAGGAUAUGUUCGCCGGUUCUGGCAAGGCAACGUAACGCAUCGUGGCACCAGAGAACAGCCUGGUCGCGUGGCUACUUUAAUCGAGGACAAAGAGGGUAUCACUUGGGGCUGCGCAUUUAGGGUAACCGGAAGAGAUGCUUUAGACUACCUCAGCCAACGCGAGUGCACUUUGGGUGGGUACGCCACGGAGUAUAUAAAAUUCUAUCCCCGCGUCGCGAGCGAACAAUCGGGCAUCAGCGGCGAAGCAUUUCCGACGCUUGUUUACAUUGCAACACCAAAGAACGAGUAUUGGAUCGGUGAAGAGCCCGUGCUGGUGACGGCGCGGCAGAUUGUGGAAUCACGGGGCCCGAGCGGCCACAACGUUGAGUACCUUAUUCGGCUGGCGAUGUUCAUGCGGGACGAAUUGCCGGGAGCGAGCGAUGAGCAUUUGUUCGAGUUGGAAGGGCUCGUCCGGCGGUUUCUCGCCGAAGCAAACAUAAACGUCGAACAGUUGAUGGUGGGCAACACAACGCUACGUCGCAUUCGUCGCGAUGCACACGAGGAGGUGCGCCGGCACGUAACAUUUGAGUACACAUCGCGUGUUCCUGAUACCAAGCUGCGUUGCUUACAUAUUUAAAACUCAUCUUCCACUGCCCGUUGGGAGCUACAUACGUACAUACGGUUAACAAAAGCGCAUCAAGUUCAGUUUCUAGUGUUUAAGCAACGUGUAACCGAUGACAACAAUGUUUUAUGUUAUAAUGAAAUAUAGAGUCUUAUU